AGGAAAUGGACUCGGUGGCUUUCGAGGAUGUGGCUGUGAACUUUACCCAGGAGGGGUAGUCUUUGCUGGAUCCUUCCCAGAAGAAUCUCUACAGAGAAGUGAUGCAGGAAACCUUGAGGAAUCUGGCGUCUGUAGAAGUCUUCUGGGAGAGAGUGUCGAUGAAAAUACAGAAGAAAAUCAUUGUGGAGAAACUUUUAGCCAGAUUCCAGAUGACACACUGAACAAAAAAACUUCUCCUGGAAUAAAAUCAUGUGAAAGUAGUGUGUGUGGAGAAGUCUUCGUGGGUCAUUCUUCCCUUAAUGGGCACAUUAGAGCUGACACUGCACACAAGCCAUCUGAGUAUCAGGAAUAUAAGUGUCAACAACGUAAGAAAGCCUUCAGAUGUCACCCCUCCUUUCAAAUGCAAGAAAAGGCUCACACUGGAGAAAAACUCUAUGAUUGUAAAGAAUGUGGAAAAACCUUCAUAUCCCAUUCAAGCAUUCAAAGACACAUGAUAAUGCACAAUGGAGAUGGACCUUAUAAAUGUAAGUUUUGUGAGAAAGCCUGCCCUUGUCUCAGCGUAUAUCUUAUACAUGAACGAGUUCACACUGGAGAGAAACCAUAUGAAUGUAAACAGUGUGGUAAAGCCUUUAGUUAUUCAACUUCCCUUCAAAUACAUGAAAGAACUCACACUGGAGAGAAGCCUUAUGAAUGUAAGGAAUGUGGGAAAGCAUUCGGUAGUCCCAAUUCCUUUUAUGAACAUAAAAGAACUCACGCUGGAGAGAAGCCAUAUGAAUGCAAACAAUGUGGAAAAGCCUUCAGAUGGUUCCAUUCCUUUCAAAUACAUGAAAGAACUCACAGUGAGGAGAAGCCUUAUGAAUGUACCAAAUGUGGGAAAGCAUUCAAGUGUCCCAGUUAUCUUUGUAGACAUGAAGCGACCCACUCUGGGAAAAAGCCCUAUGAAUGUAAACAAUGUGGGAAAGCAUUAUCUUAUCUUAACUUUCAAAGACACAUGAAAAUGCACACUAGAAUGAGACCUUAUAAAUGUAAGACAUGUGGAAAAGCCUUUGAUUCUCCCAGUUCGUUUCAAAGACAUGAAAGAACUCACACCGGAGAGAAACCUUAUGAAUGCAAGCACUGUGGUAAAGCCUUUAAUCGUUCCAGUUCCUUUCACUAUCAUGAAAGGACUCACACUGGAGAUAAACCCUAUGAAUGUAAGCAGUGUGGUAAAGCCUUCAUUUCUUCCACUUCCUUUCGAUACCAUGAAAGGACUCACACUGGAGAGAAACCCUAUGAGUGUAAGCAAUGUGGGAAAGCCUUCAGAUCUGCCUCACACCUUCAAAUGCAUGAAAGGACUCACACUGGAAAGCAACUGUAUGAAUCUAAACAAUGUGAAAAAACCUUUGGAUCUGUCAGAAACCUUCAAAUUCAUGAAAAGACCCACACUGCAGAGAAACCCUAUAAGGAAUGCGGAAAAGCAUUCAAAAAUUUCUCUUCCUUUCAAAUACAUGCAACGAUGCACAGAGAACAGAAUGCCUAUGAAUGUAAAGAGUGUGACAAAGCAUUCACAUCUGCCAAGAUCCUUCGAGUACAUGCAAGAACACACACUGGAGAGAAACCCUAUGAAUGUAAGGAAUGUGGAAAAGCAUUCAAUUAUUUUUCUUCUUUGCAUAUACACAAAAGGAUGCACACUGGAGAGAAGCCAUAUGAAUGUAAGGAUUGUGGGAAAGCAUUCAGUUUGCCUGGUUCCUUUCAUAGACAUAAAAGGGCUCACACUGGAGUGAAACCCUAUGAAUGCAAGCAAUGUGGCAAAGCCUUCACUUCUUCUGGUUCCUUUCAGUGUCAUAAAAGGAUUCACACUGGAGAGAAACCCUAUGAGUGUAAGCAGUGUGGUAAAGCCUUCAUUUCUUCCACUGCCAUUCGUAAACAUGAAAGGACUCACACUGGAGAGAAACCCUAUGAGUGUAAGCAAUGUGGAAAAGCCUUUAUUUCUUUCAGUUCCAUUCGGUACCAUGAAAGGACUCACACUGGAAAGAAACAGUAUGAAUGUAAGCAGUGUGGUAAAGCCUUCAUGUCUUCUACUGCAUUUCAGUAUCAUAAAAAGACCCACACUGGAGAGAAACCCUAUGAAUGUAAGCAGUGUGGGAAAGCCUUCAUUUCUUCCAGUAGCCUUCGAUAUCAUGAAAGGACUCGCACUGGAGAGAAACCCUACGAAUGUAAGCAGUGUGGUAAAGCCUUCAGAUCUGCCACUCAACUUCAGAUGCAUAGAAAGAUUCACACUGGCAAGAAACCCUAUGAAUGUAAGCAAUGUGGGAAGGCCUAUAGAUUCAUCUCACAACUUCGAGUACAUGAAAGGACUCACACUGGAGAGCAACCCUAUGAAUAUAAGCAAUAUGGGAAAGCCUUCAGAUCUGCUAAGAACCUUCAAAUACAGACGAUGAAUGGUCUCGCUCUGUCACCCAGGCUGGAAUAGAGUGGCAUUAUCUUGGCUCAUUGCCUAGGCCUCCUGGUUUCAAGUGAUUCUGGUGUCUCAGCCAACUGAGUAGUCGGGAUUACAGGUACACACCACCACGCGUGGCUAAAUUUUUGUAUUUUUAGUAGAGAUGGGGUUUCACCAUGUUGAGCAAGCUGGUCUUAAACUCCUGACCUCAAGUGAUCCGUCUGUCUUGGCCUUUCAAAAUGCUGGGAUUAUAGGCGUGAUCCACUGUGCCUGGCCUGCUGUUUCUUUAGGUAUAAUGUCUUUACCAGAGAGCUAAUUGUAGACUGUCAUGGGUGAGAAUGUUCUCUGAUGUUCAACUCCUCUACUUUGUAGAUUGAGUUGGUAUGAGAUGUGAUUUGUUUGGCAAGCACCUUUGUUCCUGCUUGUUACUGACCUUUAUCUUGUUGUAGCCUCACAGCUACUAUGCUUUUGUCCAGUCCAACUAGAUAGGAGCUUCUUCCUCUGCUGCAGUGACUGGUCUCACCCAGGACUUUCAGGAAGGUGAGAAUAAGCACCUUCCUCCUCCCAGGAAGUUUUGAGUGUUUCCUGUGUUUCACUUCUGAAUGUAAUGUCUCCAUUUAUUUUCAAUUAUGUUUGAUUAUAUUUGAUUAAAAACAAUAAUUUUUUUGGCAACCAAGAUUUCUGUACAUGUAUCACAGAAAUAGUUCAACUUGUCCACAACUGUAUACUGACAAACAUAAUUCUUUCUUAAUUAAUUCACUAGCUAUAUUAAAAUAUGUAUUAGACCAAGUUCAUAAUGUUGCAAAGUUAUUGGUUGGACAUUGUGAUUCAAUAUUACCAUGUGAAUAGAAUGCCAGACGUGCUUUUUCUCAUGAAAAUUUUACUUUUUAUACUUAUAUCCUGAAAUUUUUUUUUUUUUUUUGAGAUGGAGUCUCACUCUGUCACCCAGGCUGGAGUGCAGUGGCACAAUCUCGGCUCACUGCAAACUCUGCCUCCCUGGUUCACGCCAUUCUCCUGCCUCAGCCUCCCGAGUAGCUGGGACUACAGGCGCCCGCCACCACGCCGGGCUAUUUUUUUGUAUUUUUAGUAGAGACGGGGUUUCACCAUGUUAACCAGGAUGGUCUCGAUUUCCUGACCUCGUGAUCCACCCGCCUCAGCCUCCCAAAGUGCUGGGAUUACAGGCGUGAGCCACCGCGCCCGGCCAUCUCACUGCAUCCUUAACUCUUGGGCUCAAGUGAUUCUCUCGCCUCAGCCUCCAACGUAUGUGGGACUACAAGCAUACACCACCAUGCCCAGACAGAGUCUCGCUCUGUCUCCAUGCUAGAGUACAGUGGCACGAUCUCAGCUCACUGCAACCUCCACCUCCUGGGUUCAAGUGAUUCUCGUGCCUCAGCCUCCCAAGUAGCUGGUGUUACAGGACUCCGUGGCCUUUGAGGAUGUGGCUGUGAACUUCACCCCAGAAAAGUGGGCUUUGCUGGAUCCUUCCGAAAAGAAUCUCUACCGAGAAGUGAUGCAAGAAACCUUGAGGAACCUGGCCUCUAUAGAGGUCUUAUGGAAGAGAGACUCUUUGAAAAUGAAGGUCAUCAGCAAGGAGAAAUUUUGACCCAGGUUCUGGUUGACAUGCUGAAGAAGAAAACUGGAGUAGAAUCAUGUGAAAGGAAUGUGUGUGAGGUCAGAAUGGGUCAUUUAUCCCUUAAUAAGCACACCAGAGCUGACACUGGACACAAGCCAUAUGAGUAUCAGGAAUAUGGACAGAAGCCAUAUAAAUGUACAUACUGUAAGAAA